AUGUUGACACUGAAGUUUAACCUAACUCAAAACCUCCAGAAGCAUAUGUAUCUCCAAAGUAUUUUCCCCCUUUGGAGGGACAGCAAGCAAGAAACCAGAACGAGGCCCCUGAAAUAUGAGCAACUUCUCCACAUUAAGGACCAUGAUUUUGCAAUGAGACCUGGAUUUGAAGGUAGGCCCGUGCCAGUGGGAAUAGAUGUCCAGCUUGAAAGCAUUGCCAGCAUUUCAGAGGUUAACAUGGAUUUUACGAUGACUUUUUAUCUCAGACACUAAUAGGAUUACUGGAAAGAUGAAAAGCUCUCCUUCCCUAGCAUGACAAACAAAAGCAUGACUUUUGAUCAUAGAUUGAUCAAAAAGAUUUGGGUGCCUGAUACCUUUUUCGUCUAUUCUAAAAGAUCCUUCAUCCACGAAAUGACUGUGGAGAACACCAUGCUGUGCAUACACCCUGAUGGCAACGCCCUCUUCAGUCUCAGGAGAGAAGAGCUGAUGACUGUUUCAGCCAUGUGCUUUAUGGAUUCCAGCAGGGUUCCUCUGGACAGGCAGAAUUGUUCCCUUGAAUUGGAAAGCUAUGCCUACAAUGAAGAGGAUCUCAUGCUUUACCGGAGAAGUGGAAACAGGUGCUUAAAUACCGAUGAGCAUAUUUCCCUUUCGUUCUUCACUGAGGAGUUCAGUGCAUCCAGUGGAUUUGCCUUCUACAGCCGCACAGGGCCCUGGAGUGAGCGCCUCCAGGCCCAGGUGUCCUACAUCAGGGCCCUGCACGCACCCCGGGGUCAGCUCCUCUUUGUGUCCCGGUCAGUCAUUGAGUUUGCAGUCCGGAGCUACCUCACCGCAGGGGAAGAGCGGGAACAGCUCAGCAAGACAGGAAGACCCACAGGCACUUCCGUGGGCCUCGGCGGCUGUUACCGGCGCCCAGCGGCUCUGUCGGGCGUGGUGCGCGUUUACUUGAGCUGCCGGACCACCAGCCUCUCCGCUGGUGGAUCUGAAGUGCCCGCGUGGAACUUCCUGUCUUAG